AUGAAGAGAAGUUAUCCUUCUGGAAGCGAUAAACGAAAGCGCAAAAAAGAGGAAGACGAGAAAAGAAAGCAUGAUAGCGGAUUGCUAAGAAAAUGUUUAGUUCCCUCAUCUUCUUCAAAUCAGGAACAUGCUUCUAGUUCUCAGUCUGCCGCUACACACACUACUACAGUCCCAAGUACUGCCACGCCAAGGUUUACUGCCCCCUCUACAGCCCUGGACAGCAGCGCUUCCUCCAGACCAAACAGAACCACAAGCACCCACUCCAGCUCAAACGACAUCCACAGACCAAGAAAAGGCAACACCAAUAAGAUUGACAUCUUCUGA